GGGGCGGGGCCGGGAGAGCGGCCUACGCGGCCGGAGGAGGCGGUGGAGGGACAGUGAGCGGCCGGAGGUCUGGCCGUAUAUUUCAGCAUCAAAACGAGGAAAAAUAACUAGAAAUGGCUGUGGAGGAACUUAAAUCCAUAAUACAGAGAUGUCAAAUCCUAGAAGAACAGGACUUUAAAGAAGAAGAUUUUGGCCUAUUUCAGUUAGCAGGCCAAAGAUGCAUAGAAGAAGGGCACAUAGAUCAGUUAUUAGAAAUUAUUCAAAAUGAAAAGAAUAAGGUCAUCAUCAAGAAUAUGGGCUGGAAUCUUGUUGGUCCUGUUGUUCGAUGCCUUUUAUCAAAUAAAGAAGAUGAUAAAAGAAAAGAUUAUUUUUUGAUGCUUGAUUUAUUGGUAAAGUUAUGUAAUCCAAAGGAAUUAUUGCUGGGUUUGCUUGAACUGAUUGAAGAGCCCUCUGGAAAACAGAUAUCCCAAAUUAUUCUUCUUUUACUUCAGCCAUUACGAACAGUGAUUCAGAAACUUCAUAACAAGGCAUAUUCAGUUGGAUUAGCAUUGUCUACCCUUUGGAGUAGGGUAUCUCUUCUUCCAGUUCCAUACUCAAAAGAACAAAUAGAAACAGAUGACUAUGGCCUUUGUCAAUGUUGCAAGGCCUUAAUAGAGUUUACUAAGCCUUUUGUGGAAGAAGUCAUUGAUAACAAAGAAACCUCACUGGAAAAUGAAAAUGAAAAGCUAAAGGAUGAAUUACUGAAAUUUUGUUUCAAAUGCUUGAAAUGCCCUCUGCUGACAGCACAGUUCCUUGAACAGUCUGAAGAAGAUGGAAAUGAUCCUUUAAGGUGUUUUGCUUCUGAAAUAAUAGGUUUUUUAUCAGCAAUUGGACACCCUUUCCCCAAAAUGAUUUUUAAUCAUGGAAGGAAAAAGAGGACUUGGGAUUACCUUGAAUUUGAGGAAGAAGAAGAGAAACAAUUAUCUGACUCCAUGGCUUCCCUGGCAUAUUUAGUAUUUGUACAGGGCAUCAGUAUUGAUCAACUUCCAAUGGUCGUAAGCCCAUUGUACCUUUUGCAGUUUAAUAUGGGACAUGUUGAAGUCUUUUUGCAAAGAACAGAAGAGUCUGUGUUCUCCAAAGGAUUGGAUCUGCUGGAAAAUGGUUUAUCGAGAAUAGAAGACAAUAGUCUACUUUACCAGUACUUAGAAAUCAAGAGUUUUCUUACUGUACCUCAGGGCUUAGUCAAAGUAAUGACACUUUGUCCCAUUGAGACAUUGAGGAAAAAGGGCUUAGCUAUGCUUCAACUGUAUAUUAACAAGUUGGAUGCACAAGGCAAAUAUACAUUAUUUAGGUGCUUAUUGAAUACAAGUAAUCACUCGGGUGUGGAGGCCUUUAUUAUUCAAAAUAUUAAAAAUCAAAUUGACAUGUCAUUAAAGACAACAUAUAACAAAUGGUUUACAGGACCACAGCUGAUUUCUCUUCUAGAUUUGGUACUCUUUCUUCCAGAGGGGGCUGAAACAGAUUUACUGCAAAACUCGGAUAGGAUUAUGGCUUCAUUAAAUUUAUUGAGGUAUUUGGUCAUUAAAGAUAAUGAAAAUGACAAUCAAACUGGAUUAUGGACAGAACUCAGGAAGAUUGAAAAUAAUUUCUUAAAGCCACUCCAUACAGGACUUAAUAUGUCAAAAGCACAUUAUGAAGCUGAAAUUAAAAAUAGCCAGGAAAAUAUCCAAGAAGUCCAGAAGGCUAAAGAUCUUUGUUCUAUUACUGUAGGUGGAAAAGAGAUCCCUAAUAUGCCUCCUGAAAUGCAUCUUAAGGUCCUACAUUCAGCUCUUUUCACAUUUGAUUUGAUUGAAAGUGUUCUGGCUCGAGUAGAAGAACUCAUUGAAAUAAAAACAAAGUCUACCUCUGAAGAAAAUACUGGGAUAAAGUGAAAGUUUCACUUCCUAAAUAAAAACUAAUACUACAUUUUCCAUAUAAUACCUUUAUAAAAAUUUUUCUGUAAGAACACUG